CUUCAUUGUUAAGAGAAAGUGAGAGAAGCAGCGGGAGAACAGCGCCUCACACUAAGCUGCUUCACAAACACUGAAGAAUGAUUUUCCAUCAGCGGUGAUUCCAGGUGUUCAGAUUUUACAUGAAGUAUUGAAGGUGGUAACAAUGACGACUAACAAGCUGCUCAUUGAAACACUGAACCAGUUGAGUCCAGAGGACUUUGCUGAGUUCAAGUCGGUCAUAGAAGUGAAGAAAGGUUUUCCACUGAUCUUAAAAAGCCAACUGAAAGCAGCAACCACACAGGAUGUAGUGGAGCUGAUGGAGGAGACGUACGGCGGAAAGUGUGUGAAGGAGACCAGAAAGGCUUUAAUGAAGAUGAACAGGACUGAUCUGGAGCAGAGAUUAUCAGACAAACAGUUUCCUCCACUGAGCCAGAGAGUAGAAACGAUGGAGUCUCUUAUUGAGCUGCUUUUGGAAACACUGGCUGAUCUCAGUCACAGCGAGUUCAAAGACUUAAUACAACUCCUAUGGGAAAAAGCUGACUCUCUUAUUCCCUGGAGGCUGUUUGAGAUGUCAGACCUGCAGGACGCAGUGUUUUUAAUGGUGCAGACUUUUGGCCAACAGUCUGUGGAGAAGAUCAUUGAGGUUUUAACAGAAAUGAAGAUGACUGAUCUGGCUCAGAGGCUAAGAGGCAGCUCAGAACCUAAAAGUAAAAAGAUACAGAAUGAUUCUGGCUACAAAAGUGAAAAACAUCUGGAUGAACAUCUGUCUGCACUGAUUCACAAAGUUGCAACAAUGGCAGCUGUUAAAGAGCUUCUUUUGGAAACACUGGAGAGCUUUAGUUACAGCGAUCUCAAGGAAUUCAUUUGGUUCCUGCAGUUUACACGUUUUCAGAAGGGUCUUCCACAAAUCCCACUUAGAAAAAUCAGAAAACAUAUAGUGCAUGUCAUGGUGAACACAUGUGGUCAGCAGUCUAUGGAGGUAAUCAAGGAGGUGUUCAUGGACAUGAACAGAAGUGAUCUGGUGCAGAGGCUGUCAGAGAGCAGCUCAGCACUCAAAACAGUCAAAACAGAGAAACAUUGUGUGGAUAAAAGCUGGCCGGCACUGAUGCAGAAAGUAGAAACGAUGGAGUCUGUUAUUGAGCUGCUUUUGGAAACACUGGCUGCUCUGAAUGAUCUGAAGUUUGAAAACUUCAAGCUGGUCCUGAGUGAAAUUCAUCAUCAGAAACAUAGCUCAGAUAUCCCAUGGAUAUGGUUCAUGUUGAAAGACCUGCAGGACACAGUGUUCUUAAUGGUGCACACUUACGGCCAGAAGUCAGUGGAGAUGACCGUGGAGCGUUUAAAGGAGUUGAAGGAGACGGAUCUGGCUCAGAGGCUGUCAGACUGCAGCACGGAAACUAAAAAGAAACACUCUGUGGAUGAACGACGCUCUGCACUGAUCCACAAAAUGGCAACAAUCGCAGCUGUUAAACAUCUGCUUUUAGAAACUUUGAAUGAUUUGAGUGAUGAGGAGCUGAAGAAAUUUAAGAGGCUCUUACAGAUAUUUUUUCCUUUGGGGACUCUGUCAUAUAUCUCAUGGAGGUUGAGUCCAUCAUCAAACAGAGCAGAUGUAGUGAAUCUGAUGAUGGAUGAACUUGGUCAGCAGUCUGUGGAGGUGACCAGAGAAGUUUUCAUGUACAUGAACAGAACUGAUCUGGUGCAGAAGUUAUCAGAGAGCAGCUCAGCAUCCAGAGAGAAACACGCUGUGGAUGAACAUGGAGCUGCACUGUUGAAGA